AGAAGUGCUGAUGGUGCACAAUCCUGGUUCUCUUGCAGCCUUGCAGGCAGAAGCUUCUUCUACCAGCCCAGGAGGGAAGGUGGCUGCCCUUCCUUCCCAGCUGGCAGAGGAGGCAGCGGCGGCCUUUCUGGGCUCAAGGGCCAGCAGGCCAGUUGGAGUCCCCCCCUGGCUGGCUGGCUGGCUGGCUGUCAGUGUGCGAGCUGAGCACCGCCAAGUGCUCCCCUCAGACUGAUGGGGGGGGUGUCUGGGCGAGAGAGGCCGUGAACGUGAACCUUCUCUCUGUCCCCACAAAAUGCUCCCUCGGGUUGGCCUCGGCCUCUCACCUGAGCAUGUAUUCCAAUGCACCUGAGCAUGUAUUCCAAUGCUCUUGGGACGUGACGUUACUGUAAAGGCAAAUAAAUGCAGCGUUGCAUAUAUAUUUUGUUGCAUUAUCUGCGUAAUACAGGAAAUCCUAAAUAAAGGGGAUUUUUUUGGGGGGGGUUUUAUUUAUUUAUAUUUAUAUCCCGCCCUUCUCCGAAGACUCAGGGCGGCUUACAGUGUGAUUCCCAGCCGCUGGAUGGUUGCAUCCAGAACAUCCUCUCUGGGCUUUGCCCUCCCUCUGAAACCACAUCAUGUGGCGGAGAAGCUCUGCAGCGGGGAUGGCCUCUGCUACCUCAUCAGCUUCCUGAUUCCUGCCAAGCGCAUCUUGCGGUGGGCCCACUGGGAAGCCUGUUGGCCCCUUUGCGUGCACGAGAAGAUCGUCAUCCAGUUGGCUUCUCUCGACUGGUGGAUCUUGAGACCGGAGGACUUUUACCUGCAAGCGGUUCUGUACUUGAGGAAGUCUCCAUGGAUCGUAGUGAAAUGCUUGGCCAAGGACAAACAUAACAUGGAGGAGUUUGUGGCAUCUGCUGCCUUGUAUGUCUCUCUCUUCGCUGUGGAAUGGCUGAGCUCCCUCAGCAGGAAAUGGUUGGAAUCACAUUGGGAACCAGCUUGUUAGCCACAGAUGGUGAGAUAUUCUGAGUGCCUUGGGAUGAAAUAGUCAAUCCAGGAUUUACCAGUAACUCCCAGACUACUGGAAAAAAUAAAAAGAAUGUGCAUUUUGUCCCAAUGACUGAGAAGUCUUCUGCUCUGGACUUUCCAGUGGAGGAAUCCCUCAGUACCUGUCUUUCGGGGGCACCCCACAUCUUCCACGAGGCCAACUCAUUUGCCACCACCUUAAUGGAGGAACCUGCUGAUCAGGCAUGUGAGAGCCCAGAGCUCGGGAAGGCCUGUGAAAGGGUCGGGGAAGGAGAAGAGGCGGACUUGACAGGUGCCUCCCUGCCCACCUCUGGCUGCCCCAAAGGAUCUUCAGCUCAGCCCAGUGCUUUCUGUUGGCUGGAAGCCAAGGACAGCCAGCAGCACAAUCAGAACAAUAGCCGUCGCUGGGGAAAUUGUGCUGGUUCAGCUCUUGCAGCGGUGCCAUCUGGGCAGCUGAGGACUUCUGACAUGCAAGCUACUAAUGUUGCAUGUUCUGUAAAUAAUGAAACAGAGUGUGAUAAAUUGUUCCCGAAACAUCCUGGCAAUCCAGAGAAUCAUCCAGCUUCUUUGAGUCCCACAGCUUCCUCUAUUGUUCAGGAGCCACAUUUUGCCAAGACGUUAUUGACGCAUCGAGAACAGGAGCUCGAUUGGAGGUAUGCCACGUGCAGUUACAAGGAUGGAGAGGAGGCUGAAGGUCAGGCUCUGGGGACGGGCUCUUCCACCAUAGCUGGAGGCCGCUUGGAGUUCCCCAAGCCUUCUGCAUCCUAUCCUGAUGUUUUGGGUGUAGAGAGAAUGGGAGAUGUUGUCCUGACAGAGUGGGAGAUCAGUAGCUGCGAGUGGGAUUCUGACAGCUCCAAAGAAAGGCUGGAGGGAAAGGCAACUUCUCCGACCACAAUCAAAUCAUCACAGGUGGGAACCUUUUCAAGGAGGAGAAUAGCUGAUAACCAGUUCUCAGAGAAGCAGUUGGUGGAAGUUAAAGGUCAAUCUUUUGAACGGCUGGAACAAUUGCAUCUUCUAGAGCACACGGAAGGGACACUAGUGGACCCAUUAAUGGAGUUGGGCAAUAGAAUAAGCAUGGAAGGAAAUCAUCCAUGGCAGACUAAGCAAAGCCCCUCUAAGAAUGGGUGGCAACUUAAUUCUGGAGAUCCUUUCGUCCCGAAAAGCUCCCUUUCCCAGAAGGCAGGGCAAGAAAAUGUGAAUAGUUGUCAUCAGCGAGCGGGAGACAAUCUUCUGGUUCCCAGUUCUGAGGCUGAGUCAAAGAGCACAAGAACAAAGCUGAAGGAAAAUGGCCCCAGGCGUCUAGCAGGAGUCGCUGGACAGGCAGAGGCCCCCUGCAGCAACCUUCCCCAAGGCAGUGCUGCAGCACAUUCUGUGGAUCAGCCCGAUCGCUCAAGCACGCUACAAGCUUUGCAGAUAGGUGUUUCCAAGAAGGUGGGAAGAGGACAGGGCAGCCGAGCCCCUUCCCCAGAUAAGGAGUCGGGCACUGGGGCCUUCCUGGAAGGUAGACACAACUCAAUCCAUGAAGCUCCCCGCCAGUUUCAGCCUAGUGAUCCAGAGACGAACUCCUUGGCACCCCCCCUCCCAGCACUGUUUCCAGCUGUGACAUUGCCAGAGCGCACCAAGCCCAUCCCGGAGAGGGAUCAGGCCACAGAAACAUCAUCGAAUGGGACAGAAAAUUCCAAUGAAGAAGCUGAUAACAGCAGCCUGUCACUGAUCACUCCUGGCAGCGCUGGGGAAAAAGACCCCACAGCCGUGACUAUGCAACCAGAACUCCCACCCUUUCCAUUCAAGGGGAUUCUGGAAACAGACCCCUUGCCAAUAAAGAGCUUGAAUUGGGAGAUGCUUCGGAGUGGGGCUGCAUGCCUGCCAGGUACCAAAGACAGAUCCGGACGUGCCGUGGUCAUCAUCACAAUGAGGAAUACAAUUUGGUUGCACCCGAACUGCAAUGCCAGUGAAAUAACACGCCUUCUCCUGUAUUUACGCAGCAUUCUCAGGCCAGAGCGCAAAGCCUUGGGCUUAACCAUCCUGGUAGAUGCCCGGCGAUCUUCUCCAGUCCCAGCUGUCUUCACUGCCUUAGACAUUUUGCAGGAGAUCAUCCCCCACUGCAUCCAGAGAGCCCUGCUGUUUGUGGAGAGAGAGCCUGCCUUCCAGAUGGAAAAGCCAGCUGCUGUGCAGUGUGAACUUCUCAAUUCCUUGAAGUCCCUCCACAAACAUAUUGAGAGCCAGCAGCUGCCUCAAGAAUUCAGCGGGUCACUUCCCUAUUGCCAUCAGAAUUGGCUGCACUUCCAAAUGCGUCUGCAGCACUUGCUUUCUGGGUGCCAAGAGGCUCGCCUGUUCCUCAAAGAGGCGGUAGAAGCAGUGGAGUCCAGCAGAUGGCCGGAGAACCCCCAGGACGCCGGUACCCUGUUGAAGAGCUCCAGACAAAUGAUGACAAUGGUUCUGGAUGACACAAGGCUGGCCAGGCUGCGGCUAGAGGGGGGCGCCCUCCUGGCCAGCCUCAAGAAGGGGGAAUCCUGUGCGAUGCUGUCCGAGGACUGCAGAGAUGCCAUGAAAGUGGCUGACACGCUUUACAGUGAAGUGGACGAAGGAAUCCACCAGCUGGUGCUGGUUUCCAACAGGCGCAUCCAAGCCCUGGAGCUGCUGAUGGAAUUUGAAACUGUGGAGCGAUGCUUUCAAGAGAUCUGCAGCUGGAUCAAGAAUGUUGGCGAAAAGCGCCUCUUGGAGCUGAACAGCCUGGACAAUUCUCUGGAUGGGCUGCUUCAGGCCAAGAGGCAGUUCCAGGACUUGGCACUGACGGCAGAUGAAUAUUGCCAGAGGGGAUGGGAAGCGCUGAGGAGGUGGGACGGGGAGGAAGAGCCACUGGCCAUGGGACACCAGGCAGGCUGCAGAGCCCAGCUGCAGGACUACAAGAUCCAACUGCAGGGAUUCUGUAAAGAGUUGGAGGCCAGCAGGAGCCGGAUAGAGCAGGCGGUUGAGCUCUACAGAUUCUUGGAAGAGGCACACAGGUGGGCAGAGGAGGGGAUGCAGUUCCUUGCCAGCCUCAGUGGGGACAAUGGUUCUGCUACUGUUGGGUGUCUGCAGAACUACCGGGAGCAGCACCCAGGCAUGAGUGACACCCAGUUCCAAAGUAUGAAGAAGCUGGCCUGUCUGCUGCCGAACACUGAUCCUCUUAAGAAGUGGCAGCUCAUCUGGUCCAAGUGUCAAAGGACCAAGCUUGGCUUGGAGAUGAGGCUAGAAGCCGCCUUGAGGAUCCAGCAGCCACUGGGUCCUCCCAACCUGAAGCCCUCAGAAGAGGGAGAGUCCCGCUUGGCCAGUCCAGACAACAGAACUCUGGCCAAAGUUCCCAAUGUGGCACCUCUACCUGACAAGCCAAGUCAACUUUCCAGGUGGCCUGGGGGCAACACAGUGGACCCUUGCAGUGGAGCUGGAGAGGGCUUGUUCCAGGCUGCUUGCAGCCAAUCUUGUCAUCUGCCUGUUGACACUCCGAAGCCAUCAUGCCGUCUCCAUGAUGGGGGAUCCCCUCUGGAAGCCCCUUCCUCUGCACAGCUCUUCUCCAGAAGAAGACUGAGGAAGGCCUGGAGUGUUGACCUCCCCAGCUCAGAGGGACCUCGGACUUGGGCUGACCCCAGCCAUUGUGGCAGCAGCAGAAUCUGGAUUAAAGGCUUGGAAGUCAGCAGCAUGGAGUCGGUGGGUGGGCCCUGGGAAGGCCAGCAGCCCCUCCACUCAGCUGCCUCAGCUGCCUGCCCUCCACAAGAGGAUCAGAGACAGAGGGGCCCCGUGCCAGAGGCAAGGAGCUGGAGCAGCAAACCGCAGCAUAUCAUGGAGGAGAUGGUGACGACAGAGCAGGAGUAUGUGCGAUCUUUGUGCUACAUCCUUGACAACUAUUUUCCUGAAAUGGAGCGGGUGGACCUGCCACAAGAGCUGAGGGGAAAGCGAGGCAUCAUUUUUGGGAAUUUGGAGAAGAUGUACAACUUCCACAGCCAGUAUUUCCUGAGGGAAUUGGAGCACUGUUGCAGCCAUCCUCUGCGCGUCAGCCAUUCCUUCCUGAGACACAAAGACCAGUUUGGGACGUAUGCCUUGUAUAGUAAAAACAAGCCCAAGUCUGACUCUUUGCUGGCCAGUCAGGGGAAUGCCUUCUUCCGGUUCAAGCAGAUGCAGCUGGGAGAUAAAAUGGACCUGGCCUCCUACCUCCUGAAGCCCAUCCAGCGCAUGAGCAAGUAUGCGUUGCUCCUCAAAGAUCUCAUCGGGACGUGUGGGGAGGCCCAAGAGCAGGAGUUGGCCUACCUGCGAGCGGCAGAGCAGAUGGUGCGCUUCCAGCUGCGGCAUGGAAAUGACCUCCUGGCCAUGGAUGCCAUCCGCAACUGUGACGUGAACCUCAAGGAGCAGGGACAGCUGAUGCGCCAGGACGAGUUUAGCAUUUCUCUGGGCCGAAGGAAGUACCAGCGCCACGUCUUCCUCUUUGAAGAUCUGAUCCUCUUCAGCAAGCCUAAGCGAGUUGAGGGUGCCCUGGAUAUCUACAUCUACAAGCGCUCCUUUAAGAUGGCAGAAAUUGGCCUAACGGAGAACUCGGGGGAGAGUGGCCUGUGCUUUGAGAUCUGGUUUAGAAGGUGGAAAUCCAGGGACACCUACAUCCUGCAAGCCAGCAGCCCAGAGGCCAAGCAGGCCUGGACCAGUGACAUCACCAGGAUCCUCUGGGAACAAGCUGCCCGCAACAAAGAGGUCCGCAUGCAGGAGAUGUUGUCCAUGGGGAUUGGGAACAAGCCUUUCCUGGACAUCAAGCCUAGCGAGGCUGCCAUUCACGACCGAGCCAUCAAUUACAUUAUGAAAGGCAGAGGCGCCAGAACCAGGGCUUCCAUCGCGGUGUCUGUCUUUGACCACGCCAACCCUUACAAGAGAUCUCCGACCACUCUGUCCGCCGGCAGCCCAGCCUCCUGCUCGGGGAUUGGGGCUCUCAACCUACACAUGUACCUGGAUCAGACCUUGCUGCCUACAGUGCUGCCCACCAACCUUCCUUUAAGGGCUGGGGUCUGCCCUGAGGAAGAGGAGAUGGAGAACGAGACAAGCAGUCAGCCCUCUAUGACCACCGAGAGCUCCGGGUCCUCCCAGGGCCUGCCUGGAAGUGGCUCCAGCAGUUCUGACAGCUGCCUUCACAACUUGAGCGAGGACUGGAGAUCCCCACUUCCUACAGACUUCUCCUUAACCACCACAGAUAUGGAGAAAGGCUGUUUCCCCAACAACCAGUAUGUUUCAGCGUGGAGGAGCAAAACGGAAGAAUCGAUCAGAGAAUUUGGAGGGAGGCUGCACUCCCUGGAAGGAUUGUGA